UGAAUGGGAGGGGAGAUGCUACCUGUGGAUACUUAAAGAAAUCCACGUUCCACCCUUGCAUGCAACGUCUCAGUCCGGAGCAGACAACAUGGGGAAGGGUUUCUACAUUAGUAAACCUGUUGGGGUAGUGGCUAUCAUCUUGGGUGCAGGGGCUCUGGCUACUAUCAUAGCUCUGUCUGUUGUUUACUCACAGGAGAAGGACAAAAAUAAUUCGUCAACGGAUGGAGGCACAACAUCCAGACCUCCUGUCACAGCUGUCACAACAUCUACCACAACAUCUGCCCCAAGCAAUGAACCUUGGGACAAGUAUAGGCUGCCCAAGAGCCUGGUGCCGGACCACUAUAAUGUCACCCUGCGGCCGUAUCUGACUCCAAAUGAGAUAACUGGACUCUACAUAUUUACUGGUGAGUCCAGUGUGGAGUUUGAGUGUGUUGAGGAGACUGACCUGAUUCUUAUCCACUCCAAUAAGUUGAACUACACCAAACUUGAGAAUGGCCAGUUGGCUCGGCUCAGCUCAGCUCAGCCCAGUGGAGAAGUUCCCUCAAUCAAGAACUCUUGGCUCCAGACUGUAACUCAGUACCUGGUCCUACAGUUGGAUGGUAAACUGCUGAAGGGCCACAGGUACCACCUCUUCACAGAAUUUACUGGAGAGUUAGCUGAUGACCUGGGAGGCUUCUACAGGAGCGAGUACAUGGAAAACGGAGUGAAAAAGAUUGUUGCUACCACUCAGAUGCAGCCAACAGAUGCCAGGAAGGCUUUCCCCUGUUUUGAUGAGCCAGCCAUGAAGGCUAUUUUCCACAUCACCCUCAUCCACGACCAUGGAACCAUAGCCCUGUCCAAUGGCGCACAAAAAGAAACAACCAGCAUCACACAUGCUGGUCAGUCUGUCCAGACAACAGUAUUUGAACCAACUGAGAAAAUGUCCACCUACUUGUUGGCGUUCAUUGUCAGUGACUUCGCCUACGUCAAUAACACCAUCGAUGGAGUUUUGAUACGAAUCUUCGCCCGGAAGCCGGCUAUUGCAGCUGGGCAAGGAGACUAUGCCCUAGAAAAAACUGGCCCCAUCCUUAAGUUCUUUGAGAGGUAUUAUAAUUCCACCUACCCCCUGCCCAAGUCUGAUCAGAUAGCGCUACCAGAUUUUAACGCUGGUGCAAUGGAGAACUGGGGUCUGAUCACAUACAGAGAGACAGCAUUGCUGUACGAUGAAAAGUUCUCCUCCAACUCCAACAAGCAGCGGAUUGCUACCAUCAUUGCUCAUGAACUGGCUCACAUGUGGUUUGGAAAUCUGGUGACCCUGAGGUGGUGGAAUGACUUGUGGCUAAAUGAAGGCUUUGCAUCCUAUGUUGAGUACCUGGGAGCACAUGAAGCUGAACCUGACUGGAACAUAAAAGACCUCAUCGUACUCAGUGAUGUACACAGGGUGUUUGCCAUUGAUGCUCUGGCUUCUUCUCACCCACUAUCCUCUAAAGAAGACGAUAUCCUGAAACCAGCACAGAUCAGUGAGCUAUUUGAUGCCAUCUCAUACAGCAAGGGAGCAUCUGUUCUGAGGAUGUUGUCAGAUUUCCUAACUGAAGAAGUCUUCACGAUGGGACUCAGGACCUACUUGAGUGAAUUUGCCUUUGGGAACGCAGUGUACACAGACCUGUGGCACCACCUGCAACAGGCUGUGGACGCUAGUGGCACUCAACUUCCACACACAAUCAAUGACAUCAUGAACACCUGGGUGCUGCAGAUGGGCUUUCCCGUGGUUACCAUAGAUACCACCACUGGGUCCAUAUCCCAGAAGCACUUUCUCUUAGAUCCAGACUCUGAAGUCACCACUCCAUCUCCCUUCAACUAUGAAUGGAUUGUCCCAAUCCAGUGGAUGAAGAGUGCAGUAAACCAGAAACUACAAUGGCUGACGCAAAAAUCAGACACAGUGAGUGAGAUGAAGACAACAGGCACUGAAUGGGUGCUGGCUAAUCUCAACGUGGUGGGUUAUUACAGAGUUAACUAUGACCAGGGCAACUGGGACAAACUUCUCAAUACUUUGAGCACCAAUCAUGAGCUUAUUCCAGUUAUCAACAGAGCUCAACUGGUGGAUGAUGCCUUCAACCUGGCCAGGGCAAAGAUCAUCCCUACAGUGUUGGCCCUCAAUACCACCAAGUACCUGAGCAAUGAGAGAGACUACAUGCCCUGGCAGUCAGUCCUGAACAACCUGGAUUUCUUCUACCUCAUGUUUGACCGCUCUGAAGUUUAUGGUCCCAUGCAGGAAUAUCUGAAGAAACAGGUCACCCCUCUGUUUGAACACUACAAAAAAAUAACUGACAACUGGAGCAAAGUACCUGUGGGACACAUGGACCAGUAUAAUCAGGUCAAUGCUAUCAGUCUGGCUUGCAGGACAGGCCUCAAGGAAUGCCAGGAUCUGACCAAGACUUGGUUCAAUGAAUGGAUGCUAACUGACAACAACACGAUCCACCCCAACCUACGUUCCACUGUGUACUGCAACGCCAUCGCAGCAGGUGGCGCUGAAGAGUGGGAGUUUGCUUGGUCACAGUUUAAGAACGCGACAAUUGCUAUUGAAGCUGACAAACUGCGCUCUGCCCUGGCAUGCACCAAACAGCCCUGGCUGCUCAACAGGUACCUGGAGUACACUCUGGAUCCAGACAUGAUCCGAAAGCAGGAUGCCACUUCCACUAUUGUCUACAUUGCCAGCAACGUGAUUGGGCAGUCUCUAGCGUGGGACUUUGUUAGGGCUCGAUGGUCAUACAUUUUCACUCAGUACGGUGGUGGCUCCUUUUCCUUCUCCAAUCUCAUCAACGGCGUUACAGAGCGUUUUUCCACAGAAUUCGAGCUUCGACAGCUGGAGCAGUUCAAGACAGAUAACGCUGAUGUUGGUUUCGGCUCUGGGACCCUGGCAUUGGAUCAGUCCAUUGAGAGGACCAUUGCCAACAUGAAGUGGAUUGCGGAGAACAAGCAAAAUGUUCUGGACUGGUUCACGAGUGAAGUAAAUCCUGCCUUGUUCUAGUUCUGUAGUAUGAACAAGUUCUGUAGUAAUUUGUAACUUAAUGUAAUGUUUUUUCAUUCAAAUAAAUGUAGCUUGGAGGAAGCGUGUAGAUUUCAUCCUUCAGUUACAAGCAAAUUUAGACUGGUAAGGGUAAUGUGAAUUUUUUUUUUUUACAUAAUAUGAUCAUCUUUAAAAUAAAUCCAACCCAAGUUUGCUUGCUGAGCCUUUGCUAUACCUCAGUGAGUGUUCAGGUCAUUUAUCCAGAUUGGGAUGGAAUAAUUAUUUUAUUUAUUAUUCAGAUUCUGCAAAAGUUUCAUUUCUUCUGGUUAUGACAGCUGUUUGCUCUGAACAUCAGAAGUCAGCAUGAGCCAAUGAUAUUCCCAGUUACUGGACAAAAAAGAAAGACAGAAUUCCUUCAUCUGUUUAUAAUCUGUUUAGAUCCAUCUAGAGAAUAUAGCUGUGACCAUAAAGAGAACAACAUUUUGCUUUGCAGCUAAUGUACUACACACUGAAAACUUAUGUACAAUUUAAUAACCUGAGUAUAAUGUAAACAUGUGCAACUUUAAGAAUGAAAUGCUUAAAUUUUUUAUGUUAUUGCUAUGUAUGUGGAAAUGUUACUUAAACACUUUGCACCCAGUGAUUCCCAUCUUGAGCCGAGGUUGGAUAAUUUUUGAUCUUUCGAGGUGAAAAUUGUACCCUAUUAUUGAAACAAGAAUAAACAUAUUUAAGAAUUUACUG